AUGUUCACGACCUUGAACAAGAGCGAUCACGCGAAGCGUAAACGCAUACUAGCAGACCGCUACGCCAACAGCAACGUGAUGCGCCCCGUUUCAACCUCGGGGAUCCAAGACCGUGCCAGGUUGUUUACCAAGCUCUGCGAGGAGUCGGUCGGGCGGAGCCUUGACAUUUUUGUCGCUUCGGAUGACAGCUUGCAGAACCGGCUUAUCCAGUUCUAUAGCCCUAGAGCGCAUAAGCUGAUUUCCAAGGCGCUCUACUUCCUCGCCAAGCCUCGCGAAACACCCUUGGCCGACGAGUUCGUGUUGAACGCGAGCAGACAGCCCGAUCCAGAACACUUUACCCUUCUCAAGCGCAUGCUCGAGAAGUCGGAACUCGACCAGCUCGAUAUGGCUGCCGAGUGUCUCGAUCACAUGGCAGCAGGCAUUGACACGACGGGCGAUGGGCUUUGCUUCCUCAUGUGGGAAAUCUCGCAACCUCGGUCUUUUUCCAUCCAGGAAAAGCUUCACAGGGAACUGCGAGAAAAUCCCCUCAAAUCAUUAGACAAGCUGCCAUACUUGGAAGCCGUGAUAUGGGAGGGACUUAGGUGUUUCCCCGCCAUUCCGAUACUCAACGAAGACGUCUUUCCGGCCCCGGAAACCUUUGACCCAGAGCGGUGGUUAGAUCCGGAAGGCGAUGCGGAUAGGAAGCGGUUGCAGUUUGCAUUUGCAGCCGGAGGUAGGGGUGCAUUGGAAAACAACCAACUAAUCUCGAGCCGCCCGGCGGCCAGCGGUGCCAACUCAGAUUUGAGCGACUUCAAGCAGCAGCGUAAUCACCAGUAA